CCUAUAUAGCCCAUAUAAGAGAGUACCCCCCCGCCCGCCCCGGGAGGAAUCAAAGAUGCCUCGCGUUCAGUCUCAACACACAGUCACACGUUUAGUCUUUCAAACAGCUACUAGCAUUGACUCGGUAACACACGUCCUGACUGCAACGCGAAUCAAUCUGAUCGAAAUCCUCUCGAAGAAAAGUCGAUGUUUAUUUCAACGAUGCAGCAUUACUUCGAAAAGUCUACAUUCCAACGAUAAAAGAGGCGUUGCGGCAUUACUUCAGAAAAUCGACAAUGUCCUCUGUUGACAUACCGAUUGUUACAUAUAACAUCGGAGUGAGUGUCAAAUUUGCAUGUUCCUUUAGUCCUGUCGAUAGUCGUUUCUACGCUCAAGUAUCCAUGCAUGACUAAAAGUUUCAGCUCCUGCUUAGACGUUUUGGAUUUUCAGUGCAUGGUAUGUCAGUAACAAUUUGUUUGGCAGUUUCGGCCAUUUUUCAGCUGUCAUUUUGGAUUUUGGCCCUUUGUCAGUAAUCAUUUAUCUCCAUCAAGUCUACAGUAGCAGUUCCUAAAUUCAGGGAAAUACAGAAGCUUAAAACUGAAGCACUUUGCGAUCUUUUGAGUCAGAUGAGCCUAGUAGUUUUCCCAUCACGUGUUUACUAAUAAUGGGAUUGCUUUUUGGCGGGGUUGGGGAGGGGGGGGCUUGUCUCCUGACAUGUGUGAGGGCGGUUGCUGAUUGGAUAGUAAUAUUCCUCGAUAAAUAUUGCUGGACAACUGCACGUGAACGAAGCUGAUGUAAGAGUUAUCCACGUGGGCAUUGUGACGUUAGGCGGAGGCUUUCUAUGAUUGGUUUCUACUGGCCAAUGAAGUCACUGGAAGAUAUCCCGAUCGAUCUAUAUUUGCAAUUUGCAAUUUUUCCAAGAUAUUUCACGUUGAGUAAUCAUCUGUUUUCGUGUCGGCGGAGUGGAACGCCUUAAUUCCUGUCCUCCUUAAAUCUCUUGCUGUAUAGGCAAAUAUCAAGAAAUACCACCGUCUGUUCCGGGAUACCUCGCUGAUUCAGACUACCGACGACCGGCGAGCAAGAUGACUUCUGACUACAAACUCACACUAGUGAAAAAAGCUGCAAUCGCGCAACCCAACGCGACGAGUGACUCUAACCUUCGUCUUGCUGAAUCUAUGACUUAUCCGUCCAAUAAGCUUAAAAGCGGUUCUCCAUCAAUUUACAAGCUUCAUAUGAGAGAGGACAUGAGACGCACAGAAGGCAUGAUUGUAACACAAAGUCUUGGUAAGCCUUAUCAAAUCGGACGCGGAGAAACCGAGAAGGUUUUUAUGGUGGUAGGAGAAACAGGAGCUGGUAAGACGACUUUAAUCAAUGGCAUGGUUAACUACAUCCUGGGAGUGAAAUGGAAAGAUGAGUUCCGAUUUAAGGUCAUUAUAGAAGAAACAAAAGCAACCCAAGCUUACAGCCAGACUCAGGAUAUCACUGCUUAUACAUUUCUUCCCAUGAAAGGUUCAGCUGUGCCGUACACAUUUACCAUUAUCGACACUCCGGGGUUUGGUGGAACGGAAGGAUUAAGAAGAGAUAAGAAGAUCACUGAACAGAUAAAGGAGUUCUUUUCCAUCCCCCCACCAGAUGGGAUCGAUCACCUCGAUGGCAUCGGUUUUGUUGUCCAGGCCUCUCAGGCACGUCUCACCUCAACACAGUAGUACAUAUUUGAUUCUAUCCUGUCGAUUUUUGGAAAAGACUUCUCCAACAUCAUUUUCAUGAUGAUCACCUUUGCAGAUGGCCAACCCCCUCCUGUUUUGGAGGCAAUCAAAGAAGCCAAUAUCCCAAGCCAUAGUGAGAAGCAUUUUAAGUUCAACAACUCAGCUCUUUUCGUUGAAAAUCAUACCAAAGAAUCCAAAACAAAUUUUGAUGAAAUGUUUUGGGAGAUGUGUUUGCACUCUUUUAAGAAUUUUUUUGAACAAUUCCCAAUAGCAGAGCCUGUCAGCCUUAGGCUCACCCGAGAGGUCCUGAAUGAACGAGAACAGCUGCAUAUGCUAAUAGAGGGCCUAAAUGACCAAAUUACUCUUGGUCUGAAUAAAUUUGAAGAGAUGCGGCAAGAACAAAUUGUAAUGCAACAACACGAGAAGGAGAUUGAAACCAACAAGGAGUUCACGUACACAGUUGACGUGACGAAAUCAUUUUGCACCCGUCUAGCAGAAACUGGACUACACACCACCACUUGUGGGCCUUGCCAUACAACAUGUCAUACCAAUUGUCCAAUUACUGAUGACGCAGUGAAGCAUAAGUGUUUCGCUAUGGAUGAACACGGUAACUGCACAAGAUGCCCAGGAAAAUGCAAGUGGUCAGAUCACAAGCAUUUCCCAUGUCUGAUCGAGUAUAAAACGAUCACCGAGACGAGAACUGCAGAACACUUGAAAGAGAAAUAUCAGAAAGCUGUUCAGCGAAAGGACAGAAGUGAACAAAUGAUAGAAUCGAUAAAAGAAUCUCUCAAAAAUGUUCACGUCGAGGUUCGCGACAUGAUAAAGAGAGCUCAAGAAAGUCUUCGCCGUUUGGAUGAAAUUGCCCUCAAGCCCAACCGGUUCACGCAAGUAGGGUAUCUGGAAUUGCUUAUUGAAUCUGAGAAAAGAGAAUCCAAACCUGGAUGGAAGCAGCGUAUACAGUACCUUGAAGCAGUCAAACGUCAUGCUGAGAUGUUGUCCAAAGUAAAGAAUGAGAAAGAAAGUCAGAAACUAGUCCAGACAUUGUCCAGAAAUGGGGAAGUAAGUGAGGAGAGAAAAACAAGUGAGCCACUUGAGAAGUUGUCUCCCGGUGGAGACAAUUUUUACUCUCCAGUUAAGUGGGAUACUUCAGAUAGCUUAGAGUAACCCUGACUACUCCCGAGCUACUGUUUCUCAAUUAACAUGCAUAAAGGAGUUCGUCUCGUAGGCCGCAUAAACAUGACUAGUGCAUCGAUUAUACCCUUGAAUUUGUGCAAAAUUAUCACCAAUUAGUUCCAAUUAACUUAACGGAAGAGAGAGAUAUUCAACCGAUGAUAUGGCAGAUUUUUUGAUAGUUUGAUGUUUCGUUUAGUUUGUGUUUUUCUGCCGUGCUAUGCUCAGGUACUAAAAACGCUUUGUUAAGUAAUAGAAUGAUCGUGUGAACAGUUUUUUUUUUUUAUCAUCAUAGAAACAUGUACGUAUUUAACCUCAGUUUAAGGAAAACAAACUGGAAGACAAAAGUUUACAGAUGUCUGCUCGGGCCGAUUUCUAGAGGAAUGUGUCAUCAAAAACCAAGGCUUGUUCUGAAGUAUCAUUGAGACUAUUGCCUUUCUGUACAUGUGUGAUACACGAGGUUUGUGUUAUGACAGUUCAGACCCUCGAAUAUAAUUAUGUUUACAAAGAUAUCUGCAAAAUCAAAGUUUUCGCUCAGUAGUUUAAAAAUGGCACAAUUGGUCAAAAUGCACAUGUCUUUCAUCGUCUAACCAUUUAGAUAUGCUAUACCCAUAGAUAAGUCUUUUUCAGAAUCUUUUAUUUGUCGAGAUAUUCGUAUACUAGAAGAGUCAUGACCCUCUCAAAUCAGUUGAAAUUUGGUAUAUUAUUAAAUCGUGAUGGUUGUAUUUUUCAAACGGCCAAAAAGUAUACAACACGUAUUUACUUCAAGGUGAUAUUUAGCUCAGAAUAAUGAUCAAAGCUUAAAUUACAAACAGUUUAAAUCUAAAAUCAAGGCGAGUUUCCAUCUUUCUGUACUGGCCUGCUGAAAAUGCUCAAUUUGGAAAAAAUUACAUCGGCUAUCCUGGUUGAUAGAGCAGUAUUUCGGACUCUCCAAGAUUUCUCUAAAAUCGCUGACCAAAAAAGCUGACCAGAAGGGUCUUUUUGACGCGCUAAAAGAAAAUUCGAAUUUUCCGUCCCGUUUUCAAGUUCUCCAUAUUUACAGGCAGUGGUUCUUAAUCAAACCUAAGUUUUAAAAGUAAAAUUAACUCAGAUUUUCUCCAUGAUAAAAAGAGAAUGUCAACUGGAACACGUUUGGCGCUUUAUAAUCAGAGUUUUUGUCACGGUAACAAUAUAAUUGAAUGUUUAGAAGUAGAAACCAAAUUAAUUGAACAGAUUUUCUUCGAUGACAAAUCGAAAAUUUCUAAUCACGGGAACAAGCUAGCCAAAAACGUAGUUUUUACCUAAUAAGGAUGAAGUAGGCUAAGACGAGCAGGGUAAUAAUUGAAUCCAGUCUUUUAAAGUAGUAUUAACCGAGCAGAUUUUUUUCGAUGAGAAUUCGGAGAUGUCUGAAGGAAACAAACUCCGAAAAACCCCAACAUUUUAUAUUUGCACUUAUCAUAGUGAUUUGUUUUCUUUUGAAGGAAAGUUAUAAUAAAUCAGUAACCAAGCAGAUUUUUUCCGCGAGAAAUAGUAAAUAUCUCAAGAAAAAAACUGAUGGAAAACCUAACAUUUUAUAUUUGUAUCAUUCAUAGUGAUUAUUUUAUUUUGUUCUUGCAAAGAAAAGUCAUAUUUAAUCAGUAACUAACCAGAUGUUCUUCGAUGCCGGAGAAAUCGAAACUCUCUGAAGAAAAAACUAGAAAAUCCAAUAUUUUAUAUUCACACUUUUCAUAGUAAUUAUUAAAUUCCUUUCUUUCAAAGAAAAGUUAAUUAAAAUCAAUAAUAAGUAGACAACCAGAUUUUCUUCAUGAGAAAUGGAAAAAGUAAACCCAACAUUUUAUAUUGGCACUCUGCAUAGCGAUUAUCAAAUGCAUUUCUUUAAUUUCAAAGAAAAAUUACAAUUAAUCCGGUAGCCAGCCAGAUUUUCUUCGAUGAGAAAUCGAAAAUGUCUGAAGAAAAAAGUGGAAAACUUAAAGUGAUACUAUGACGAAAAUCGCAUCUCUCCUAUCUAAGCCAUUUUAAAACAU